UUAGUCACUCCUUCUGAUUAUUUGCCAGGAUUUUGGGCGCAUGUACCUUGGAGAGUGGAGAUUCGCUCCUCUUCAGUCCAACAAUUCAAAAGUUUGUUGCAGUCUCCAACAGUUGCAGAACUGUCAACACGCAACGAGAGCAUGGCGUUUCACCAUGUCGUGUCAUUUUGUACAAUAAUGGUAAUCUGGCACAUUCUUCUGACGAACGCACAGGAAUCUCUAGAGAAAAAGGAUAGUUAUAUGUUACCAGACAGAACAAGAGACCUGCUUCGGUCGCGAAAAAUAUCCCAAAGAGCUUUUCAGAACAUGGAUUUGCUGGUAGCACGUAGUUUUGGAAAAAGAGCUUCAGACUGCUCGGGAGGUAUGUGCGGCAAGAGGAUUCCCGAAUUUUCCGGAGCUAGACUUUAUGGAAAAAGAAAUACUGACAUGGAUCAAUUAAAAUGCUUGUUCAUCGAGUGUGACAGAGAAGAAAUCGAAAAUACCCUGAGAAACAUGGACUACGCUAAUAGCAGAUACAACAAAUACAGAAGGAAUCAAGAUAUUGUGUUACCAGAUUGAUCACCUGUAUUAUAAACAAAUUCAAAUAGAUGAGGAGCAUAAAUUUAAAAUUAGAUAAAUUACGCAUUUUAUAUUUCACCCUAGUAUUUUAUUUGAGUAACAACAAUUAUAACCUAUUCUUGAACAUAUAACAUGUUAUCAAGACCGUUUGUUGUUUCCUAACCUAACCUAACCUUAAAAAUAUUUUCAAAACAAAUAUUUUGUUCUCAUUAAAGUUUGAUAAUUUGCAGAUAUGGUUGUUAUGUGUUUUUACUUUUAUUAGAUGUAUUUAGUUUUGAAUUAAUGUUCCUUAAGGUUUAUUGUGACUGUGAACUAUGAAUGUUGUACCCAAAAUAAUGUAAAUUAAAACAUUCCUGUGAAAUAAGUUUAUUUUCAAAUUUAACAUUACUAAAAUUAAGGAACUUAAAUCUUUAAACUACUAGAAUAAUAAAAACCAUGUUUGAAUAAA